UAUAUAUAUUUAUAUAUGUUUUUAUAUGAAACACUUUUUCCCGGGAAGCAUUAAAAUUAUUCAAAAUUAUUCUAAAUCUUGGUAAGUUUAAUACUUCAGUCAAAAAUAUUAAAAUAUUUAAAAAGGCUCAGCAGACAAUAAUUCAAAUUUUAUGUAACGAUAUUCAUUAUCAAUACAAGCAUUAAAAUCCAUUAAGUUAAAACAUAAAUUCGAUUUCGUAUUAUUUUGAGCUUUCUUCAAUAAAAAUUUAUAAUAUUCUUUGAAAGAAUAUAAGUUUUAUUUUUUAAAGUAAUAAUUAGUUCUUUAAAUUUGUGAUGAGUAUAUAUUUUAAGAUUACUAUCAAAAAAUAUUUUUCGUUAAAAAUAACUUACUUAAAAGAAGAAAAGUAAAACCGAGUGAUUUUCUUAGUAGUAGAGUAUUUUUCCGUACGUACGGAAAUCAAUCAUGAAUGCGUAUCAUUCCGAGAUUAAAUAUUAAAGUACUGUGUUCAUUGAUUGCAAUAGAUUGUUAUUUCUUGCAUAUAUCAGAAUAAUCAAAACAGUAAUAUAUUACCCAGCAAACACAGAAUAUAGCAGCAACAUUGCGGCAAUGUUAUAACAUUGUAGCAACAUCACAGCAAUAUUACAACAUGUUCUGUGUUUGCUGGGUAUUAGAUUGGCAAAUAAGUUCGUUCGGUUUUUGAUUUCGUGCAAGUUCAUUCCGAUUCACUUUUUUUUUGUUUGGCAGUACCGUGGAACUCGAAUGCCUAUUUGAGAGGUUAUAUUUCACAUAAACUUUCUGUGAAUUGUGGUUUGAUUAACAUCAAUAUUGUGUAUGCUGUGUAGCUGUAAAAAUGGAAUUAAAUAACGUCAAUUAUCGUCAUAUUUUACUUUAUUACUUUAAAAAAGGCAAACGAGCUGCGGAGGCUCAUAAAAAAGUAUGCCGUGUAUAUGGAAAUGAUGCCUUAACAGAACGCGUAUGCCAAAAGUGGUUUGCAAAAUUCCGUUCUGGAGAUUUCGACAUCACUGACGCGCCUCGCUCCGGUCGCCCGACCAAGAUUGAUUCAACUGUUGUCAAGGCCAUCGUCGAUGAAAAUCCAUCCCAAUCAGUGCGGGAGAUUGCUACGGCACUUAACAUAUCUCAUACAAGCGUGGAAAACCAUUUACACCAGUUGGGAUACGUUUCUCGGCUCAAUGUUUGGGUGCCGCAUAACUUAACCGAGGCCAACUUGACCGCUCGCAUAUCCAUAUGCGAUUCGCUGCGGAAACGCCAGGAAAACGACCCAUUUUUGAAGCGGAUGGUGACAGGCGACGAAAAAUGGAUCGUUUACGAUAAUGUAGUGCGUAAAAGAUCAUGGAAGCACAGCAGCGAGCCGCCACAAACAACCUCGAAGGCGGGAUUGCAUCCAAAGAAGAUCAUGCUCUCCGUAUAGUGGGAUUUCAAGGUUAACGAAAUUGGACCAAGCAAUCCGCACAAAACGUUCAGAAUUGGCAAAUUGCAAGGGUGUUGUCUUUCACCACGACAACGCCAGACCGCAUACGUUAUUGACCACUCGCCACAAAUUGCUUAGUCUUGGCUGGGAUGUUUUGCCUCAUCCUGCGUAUUCACCGGAUCUGGCUCCUUCCGAUUAUCACUUAUUCCGGUCGUUGCAGAACUCUAUGAACGGGAAAACUUUCAAGGACGAGGAGACCGUCAAAAGACACCUGGAUUGGUUUUUCGCCGAUAAGCCCCAGACGUUUUACGAACGCGGCAUAAUGAAUUUGGUAGAAAGAUGGCAAAAGGUCAUUGAUAAAAAUGGUCAAUAUAUAAUUGAUUAAAAUUUCUUCUGUGUAUAAAAAAUUGUUUUAUUUAAAAAAAACCGAACGAAUUUAUUUGCCAACCUAAUAUAUAGUGGUCACGCGGAUAGUAAUGCUUUACAAAAUACACAAAUUGUUCAGUAACGUGUGGCAAAAAAUUUAAAAAAAGAUUCUAAAUGAUAAGAUAAGAAAAAAAUCAAGAAUCUUAAAAUUGCGAUUAAAACUUUGUUUUUAAAAUUAUAAAUAUUUAAAUAUUUACUUAAAAAACUUUUUAUGUGAAUAUUUAAAUUUCAGUAUCACAAAGUCAAAAGUAACAAAAUUUUAAUAAAACGUUAAUUACGUUUUUUAUUGUGUUUAACUAUUCACGUGCUUCACUUUUUAUGUGAGUAUUUAAGCUGCAUUUAUAAUUAAAAAAUAAAAUCUUAUAAUCGCAAUUAUAUGUAUAUUUAUUUUUAUUUUAUUAUAUUACAUCAUGUAUAGUCUUAAGGAUUUUUUUGAUAUACAAAGCCAAAAAUGAUCAAAAUUUAAAAAUUGUAGACUUUUAGGUUUAUUUUUUUUCUACCUGAUCAACGACAAUAAAUUUUAAUCUUAAAAUCAACUGGUGAAAAGAGAAAACAAUGAAUUGUAUGUAAAAAUUUUAAUUUAAUUCGUAAUAUUAUUUUCUCUUAUCAAUUUUCAAAUAAGUAUUAUAAACACGACUUUACAUGAGAAUCGCGAUCCAAACAAAAA